AUGGACAGUCUUCUCACAGUCGUGAAAACGGUCACGCCAGAUCAGGAGACGCUCAUCUCAGCUGCUGUCGAGUCGUCGUCUCCUGAUGUCAUCCCCGAGAAGCGGAUUGUAUCCGAACUUAAUCGGAACGUCUCGUCACCUGAGGAUAUACUAGCGCUCUUGAAGUCCAAGCCCGACCAGGGCCGACUCGCGCACGCCCUGGCAAUCCUUGACCCGGCAAGUAAGACAGCGACGCUGAACGACUUUGACGUUCGGGUCCCAGGUCCCAAAACAGCGCAGAUCCUCAAUGUUCUGGUCACCGUUACUCUUCCGGAUCAUUGGGAUGCAGUCCACGCGGAGUCCCGAAGAUCGAGAUCGAGCUCCAAGCUACGUGCGGCCUUCUUAAGAUGUCUAAGUAGCGUUGCAGGUAUCAGUCGCUUAUUGGCCCAGCUUCGCUCUCUCAUCACCGCCUGUCGGUCAUCUGCCCGGGAAGCGAGUGCAUCGGGCCAUCAGCUCCAGCUCAGAGGCAUCCUGUCAGUGAUAUGUGCUCUACUGGAGCCCAAUGAUCUAAUGUACCGUCUGUAUACCGAUAUCGAAGGUCUCUAUCGUAAUCCGGCUCAGAAGCAAGCGGCAUGGAGGGAAUUACUCUCCCACGUUGCUGCUAGUAGGAUCCUCUCAACGGCUGCGGAAGCGAUUUCACUGAUUAAAGACCUCGAUGGGGUCAGCUCUUUGUCCUGGGUGGGAGAAGGGCCCAAGUAUGCUUCCUGGCUCGGCACAAAUAUAUGUCACAUGGCUUCAAAGUUGCCUCUUGAUAAUGAGGGGGCUUGGAAAGCCGUGGCUACUUUGACCGGGCGGUCGUUGAGUCUUGGGUACACUGAUCAUCUAGUGCGGGAAAUCUAUCUGGGACUUCUUGUAAACGAAGCGAUCUAUCAACAGUAUUAUACUCUUUUCGACCAUCUGCGACCGAAUGAGCAAAUCGCAAUCAUAGAAGCCAUAUUCAGAGACAUUGAGAAGAAGCAUUUCUCAUCAAUUAUCCUGGGUGAGACACAGAGUGUUUCACAAGAAGUGCUUGGCGCUGUUGCAGCCUUAUGCUCCCUUAUCACGAAGGAUAGGCCGCAAGUACAGGCACAGAUUAUCGAUUGGCUGUCGAAAGGCCAGGGCGGCUCCAUACGUACGAUCGAGCUACGCCGUGCACUGCUGGCAAGCUUUGCUCAUGCGACAGAUUUGAUGGUCUCUUUGGUUACUAAGAGCCUCGAUCAGUCCGGAGACAAGCUCUACAUUCAACAUGCCCCGAUCCGAUGUCAAGAGGCAAACACGCAAGUUAUUCUUCUGACUUGUGGAUAUCUGCAACAAACUGACCCGCUGGAGGUGAUGCGUGUGGGUCGGUCUGGGAUAUUCCUCAACACGGUAUCAAACCGUCUGGCAGCCUCUUCUGGGCAAGCGCGUUUUCUCGGGAUGCUCAUAGGUACAGCCAUAUCGCAACUGAUUGAACCAGCCGGCAAGGGCAUGAAGUUUGACCUUGAAGAAAUGGAAAGUGAUGAAGCAAAGUGGUAUUUGAGCUUGCUCAAGUUACAGGACAAUGUAGGAUCCCCGGAGCCGAUCAAGCUUCUCAAGGGGUCCACGCCGUCAACACAACGGAUGCCUUCGCAGAAUGUCUCUACCAUUAAGGGGGCAGCGCCCUCGAAGAAAGUCAACACAAGAACGGCCAAGAUUGUUGCGAUCGAAGAGAUCGAGGACUCGGAAGAAGAACCCGAGGACGAUGAUCUUAUUCCAUACGAGAAACCUGAUGAGGAUUUCUCCGAUGACGACGAAGAUCCGACACUGGUUCAGCGGAAUAAGCCCACAGCACCUGUGUACAUUCGCGAUCUAAUCACCUUCUUAAGAGACACCGAGAAUGUCGAACGUUUCGAAUUGGCCGUCUCCACCGCCCCUUCCCUGAUACGACGCAAGACUGGAUUCGGGACCGAGCUUGCUGAGAAUAUCGAAGAGCUGGCUCUUGUGGUUGUAAGCCUGCAGGAACAGGGGAAGCUUCCCAAGUUCCACGAGUACCAGCUCCAAAGCAUGAUCGCGUUGAUCGUCUCUCAGCCACUGAAAAUGGGUCACUGGUUCGCAGCGCUAUUCUUCGACGGAGACCUUUCUCAACCGCAGCGCUCUGCUGUACUGACCGCGCUCGGCCUAAGUGCUCGCGAGCUAGCUGGUAACGGCGAAGCCGAUGCAAAAACCCUAGGUCUUCCAGCCAUGCCAGAUGCCUCUUUCCCAUCGAAGAAGCUACCCAGCAGCCUGGAAGCCUUCUACUCGACAGAGUCACCCAUCGCGGGCCUGACCAAAUCAAUGGCGCGCGCUUCGCUAGAGCCGCUCGCAGCUCAUGCGGAAGACUCUCUGUCCGGACCCAGCGCCCUCAAGGUGCGCACUUUCUCUUCGCGCAUGGAGGUCGAAAAGAGACGCCAGCAACGUGAAGCGCAGCGGCAGAAGUCGACUGUCAAGGAUCUGUACAAGGUGUUGGCACAAGGGUUCUUCUAUCCCCUCAAGGGGCGUUUCGAAAUGAUGAUGAUGCAGUUCGGCUCAUCCACUGCUCCCGCGUACAAUCCCUUCUACGUGCCGCAUCUCCUGUGCCUGUUCAUCCAAACGCUGACCCUCGUCCUCUCAACCAUGGGCCCCCACACGCCGUACCUGCCCAACCUGACGGGAGAAACCCUGACAUUCUUGCUCUCACUCCACGGCCGCCCUCUGGCCGAAGACCCAAGCAUCCUCUCCGCCCUCCUCUCGCUCUUCCUGGCCGUCGUCGAUCUGAACGUCGCCGCCGGCACGACCGGCGAAGAGCGACUCGUCACCGUGUUUGCGACGCAGGUCGUCGAGCUCCGCGACUGGGUCGGGGAGGUCUUCGACCGGACGCCCGCCGUGCAAGACACGAGCGAUCCCCGCGAGCAGGUGCGGACGUUGGCUGCGGGCGUGAUGGUGAAGCUGGGGGAGGUUAUGGAGAGAUAUCAGGGGCGGCUGAUGGGCGUGAACCCGGGGUUCCGAUAUUAGCUUUAGUUUUAGUUUUAAGCUUUAGCUUUAUUCAGUGCAUAGCACAGAGAUGCUGAUCUGGGGACGGAUAUGUUGCUGUUUCGCGCAGGCAUGUACCAUAUAUACCCACUGCAUCACAUUAAGAUCCAAUACGC